AUGCUGUCCGCUGUUGAGCUACCGCUUGUCCCUGAGGGGCAGUUUAACUUGGCGAAUCUCACAAACGUCGACUGCGCUGAAGGUCACCGCGGUCGCAGCACGAUUGCGCUUUUGAGUUUUUACGACACGUUUCCAAAUUUCAACGGCGUUGCCAUAGCCUUUGAGACUGCUAGCAACGAUGUCGACAUUGAACUCGAAGAACGCGACAAGCUGACAUUUAUCGAAAGCAACUUGCCAGCGUUCUACGACUACGCCCUGCACGAUGAGGCCGAAGAUGAUCCGUCGGGCAGCGAAGAGCAGAGGAGUGGAGUGGAACAGUAUGCAGAAUACAACCUAAGGUUUAUGGUCUCAUUUUGA